ACAGAACAAACUUGAAAAAUCAUCAUCCACCACCAUAGCCAAAAAUAUUAAUUCCACCUCACCUCACAUAGAAACCAAUUGAGAAAACAAAAAUAAAUGGCAUCAAUGGCUGGUCUACGUGGCUCCUCUCAGGCUGUUUUGGAGGGUAGCCUUCAGCUAAGUGGCUCAACCAGGUUGAACGUAAAUGGCACUAGCCGUGUGGCCAUGACAAGGCCAGGGCUCACUAUUAGAGCCCAGCAGCAUGCUGAGCCUGAAACUAGCCGCAGGGCUGUUCUUGGUCUAGUUGCUGCUGGUUUGGCCACAGGGUCUUUUGUUCAAGCUGUGCUUGCUGAGGCUAAGCCCAUCAAGGUGGGUCCACCUCCUCCUCCAUCUGGUGGAUUGCCUGGAACUCUAAACUCUGAUGAGGCAAGAGACCUUGAUCUGCCAUUAAAGGAGAGGUUCUUCAUUCAACCAUUGACCCCAGUUCAGGCAGUUCAGAGGGCAAAGGAGUCAGCCAAGGAAAUUGUUGGUGUGAAGGAAUUUAUUGAUAAGAAGGAAUGGCCCUUUGUGCAGAAUGAUCUCCGUUUGCGGGCAGGGUAUCUCCGGUAUGACCUUAACACUGUCAUUGCUGCUAAGCCUAAAGAUGAGAAGAAAUCCCUCAAGGACCUCGCUGGAAAGCUCUUCCAAGACAUUAGCAAUCUUGACCAUGCAGCAAAAAUUAAGAGCACCCCAGAAGCAGAGAAGUACUAUGCCGAGACUGUAUCUACCCUGAAUAAUGUUCUUGCCAAGCUUGGUUAGGAAGAAUUAAAAUGUUCUGAUGUAAACUUCUACUUUAGAAGUUAUGAAACAAUUUCUUUAAUGCUAUCUUAAGGGAAUCUGGUUGGAAAAA